AUGGCCCACCAAGCACACUCAUACCACAUAGUAGAUCCAAGCCCUUGACCCAUCUUCGGAGCAAUCGCUGCCUUACUUACUACCUCCGGACUAGUCAUAUGAUUUCACCACAAUUCUUCCCAACUCCUUACCUUAGGCCUACUCUCCAUAAUCCUAGUUAUACUACAAUGAUGACGUGACGUCAUCCGAGAAAGCACAUUCCAAGGCCACCACACCCCAACCGUCCAAAAAGGCCUGCGAUAUGGAAUGAUCCUAUUCAUUACAUCAGAAGCAUUCUUCUUCCUAGGGUUCUUCUGAGCAUUCUUCCACUCCAGCCUAGUCCCUACCCCAGAACUAGGGGGACAAUGACCCCCAACAGGAAUCCAACCCCUAAACCCUAUAGAAGUUCCUCUACUAAACACAGCCAUCCUCCUAGCCUCAGGAGUUACCGUUACAUGAGCCCACCACAGCAUCACAGAAGGCAAUCGAAAACAUGCCAUCCAUGCACUAACCCUAACAAUCCUACUAGGAUUCUACUUCACUGCACUACAAGCAAUAGAAUACUACGAAGCACCAUUCUCAAUCGCCGACGGGGUCUAUGGCUCAACCUUCUUCGUAGCAACAGGAUUUCACGGACUCCAUGUAAUCAUUGGGUCUUCCUUCCUAUCAAUUUGCCUCCUACGCCUAAUCAAAUAUCACUUCACAUCAAACCAUCACUUCGGAUUUGAAGCCGCAGCCUGAUAUUGACACUUCGUAGACGUCAUCUGAUUAUUCCUCUAUAUAACCAUUUACUGAUGAGGAUCCU